AAAAGCUGAUAUGUGAUACAAUUGCAUAGAGUUUUCCUGGUUAGAACGGCAAUAACGCAUAAUGCUUGAAGUAAGAAGGGUGAAUAGAGUUUUCGUAACAUUUUUCUUAAAUGGCUUAUAUUUAAAUCAAAUCAUUACUUUUAGGAGAUGAGACAGAGAAGUACUCGUAAAGGAGCGACAAAACCGGCUCCAUCUACUGUUUGUUAUUGUGAUGGUAAGCGUGAAGUGGGAACAUUAGAGCUGUAUUGUGCUGUUUGUCGAAAAUGGUUCCAUGGACGAUGCUUAAAAGAUUUAACUGAUUUUUAUGGAUUACCAUUCAUGGUAUGCUAUGUGUUCAACUGUGCCGACUGUAGUCCAACGAAAAAGGAAACAUGGACACCGAAACAAGCAAAUUUUGCCCACAUGUGUGUUACUGUUCUUGCAAAUCUGACGCACAAUGCACGGACUAAAAGAGCUAGUACAGGAAACGAGUCUGAUGAUAACGAUCAGGAACUGAUAUUUCUAAACCUGGAAAAUGAAAUUAUACCUUAUUUCAAUGCACAGUGGGAAAAUCUUACAUCUAUGAGUCGUAGGGUAAAAAAUACUUGGCAUCAAACGUUGCAAAAGUCUUUGACCAAAGAAACAGAAUUAUUUGAAUCAAGCGAUGACGGACAAAUAUUUGCGUUACGUGAACUUGAUUUAUCAUCCAUAGGUCCGGGUCAUGAAGCGUUGAAGCAGAUCGGUCGAAGUAAACCAUUGGUUUCAAGUUUAGCACGCGAUUUGUCUAAAGAGAAUUUCGACAGGUCUGACGAUUUAGCCGAUGGUCCCAAGACAAGAGGUUCAUCCAAACGACGCUAUGUUGAUCCUCCGAAUACGUUCAAAAAGGCAAAACUUACUGCUGAUUAUGCAUCGACACGAAUUAUUGGGAUUUCUGCACCCAUCGAUUUUCCAUUUAAUCGCGAAGGUUAUCGGUAUUAUCUUGUCGAAAAAGACCUCAUCGUUCCUAACAGAGACAUUUUUGAAUUGGAAGAAAGCACCUACAACAAACCAAUCCCAGCACACAUUUAUCGUGUUGUUGUUCACCCACUAGUUACUUUGUCUCCAAAUGAUCGUGCUUAUCAGUUGAAAUUGUCCGAAGAUCGGUUAUCCGUGAGCGGUUUUGAAGGUUACAGUGUCGCUCGAGCUACUCACUCGGUUUCCCAUGGUACUUGGUAUUUUGAAGUGGUUUUUACGGCGCAACCACCAGGUUCACAUAUAAGGAUCGGUUGGAGCCAGGCUUUGGCACCGAUACAAGCAUGUGUUGGCUAUACACAACUAUCUUAUGCUUGGCGAAGUCAUAAAGGCACAAUAUUUCACCAAGCAAAAGGUAGACACUACUCGGACGGUGGUUUUAAAGAAGGUGACGUCCUGGGAUGUUUGAUAUCGCUACCACCUUGCCCGGCCGACAGGGAAUAUGAUUUUACUUCUGUGGAAAAUUUGCCAUCUUCAUCGAUUUAUUUGCCACCUUCCUACAAAAAUUUGCCUUUAAUCAAUUUCAAACACAAUUACUUUUAUGAGGAAAAGGAUGACGUAUCUGCUGCACUAAAAAGUUUAAAACCAGCACCUGGAAGCUGGAUUGAGUUCUACCGGAAUGGCAAGAGUUGUGGAAUUGCUUUCACGGAUAUUUAUGCUGGUUUCUACUAUCCUGCAGUCUCAUUAUUUCAAGGUGCUACAGUUCGAUGCAAUUUCGGUCCUUCAUUUCGAUAUCCAGUACCGCCUGGAGCUCGUGGAAUGUGUGAAAGAGUUGGUGAAAUGUAUAUCGAGCAGACAUUAGCAGACAUUUUGUACUUGGUUGAAAACGAGGAGGAAUUAACCGAAGAGGCUGCCAAAUGUACUCGUAAUCAGUGAUAGUGAUUUUAGUUUGCCUUCUAUGUAUGCGCUACCAUUGUGCAUCUUUUGUUUAUUGAAGGUUCGAAUGUUGUGUUUUUUCUUAAUAUUAUCAAGUUUUCCAAAUAAAAUUUCCCAUUUUAAGUAUGUUAAAACUUC